AUGACUCCCCAUUCCGUGAAUCGCACCUCUCUCCACCCUCACGGUGUCCAGCCUACCCGUGAGCACACCGAGAUCGAGGAGGAGCUCCACGAGAACGCCAACAUUGACUACGACCGUGUUGCCAUCAUCCAACAUCCCUCUGUGGCCGCUCUUUACGAAGAUGCCCUGGUUUACGAGAGCGGUUCCGCCAUCACCUCUUCCGGUGCUCUGACUGCCUACUCCGGUGCGAAGACUGGACGUUCGCCGCAAGACAAGCGUAUCGUCGAUGAGCCUUCAUCCACCGACGAGAUUUGGUGGGGCCCUGUCAACAAGAAAAUGAGUCCCGAGGUUUGGCUCAUUAACCGAGAACGUGCCGUGGAUUACCUGAACACCAGGAAUCGCAUCUACGUCGUUGAUGGUUUCGCCGGCUGGGACGAGCGUUACAGGAUCAACGUCCGUGUUGUCUGCGCCCGUGCCUACCAUGCCUUGUUCAUGCGUAACAUGCUCAUCCGCCCUUCGCCCGCGGAGCUUGAGCACUUCCACCCCGACUACACGAUCUACAAUGCUGGUUCCUUCCCUGCAAACAGGUUCACAACCGGUAUGACCUCGUCCACUUCCGUGGCGAUCAACUUCGCCGAGAAGGAGAUGGUUAUCCUCGGUACGGAGUACGCCGGUGAGAUGAAGAAGGGUAUCUUCACCGUUCUCUUCUACGAGAUGCCCGUCAAGCACAAUGUUCUCACCCUCCACUCGUCCGCGAACGAGGGCAAGAACGGUGACGUCACCCUCUUCUUCGGUCUGUCGGGCACUGGAAAGACCACCCUUUCGGCCGACCCCCAGCGUGCCCUGAUCGGUGACGACGAGCACUGCUGGAGUGAUACUGGUGUCUUCAACAUCGAGGGUGGAUGCUACGCCAAGUGCGUCGGUCUGUCCGCCGAGAAGGAGCCCGAUAUCUACAACGCCAUCCGUUUCGGAUCCGUUCUCGAGAACGUCGUCUUCAACCCCGAGAACCGUGAGGUCGACUACGACGAUGUCACCCUGACCGAGAACACCCGUUGUGCCUACCCCAUCGAGUUCAUCCCCAACGUCAAGCUUCCUUGCAUCUCGAGCGGCCACCCCACCAACUUGAUUCUCCUGACUUGCGAUGCCUCGGGUGUCCUCCCUCCCGUGUCCAAGCUCACCCCUGAGACUGUCAGCUACCACUUCAUUUCCGGAUACACCUCCAAGAUGAGCGGAACCGAGCAGGGUGUCACCGAGCCCACCGCCACCUUCUCGGCAUGCUUCGGUCAGCCCUUCUUGGCGCUGCACCCCAUGCGCUACGCCGAGAUGUUGUCAGAGAAGAUCAAGGAGCACGGCGCCAACGCCUGGUUGGUCAACACCGGUUGGACCGGUCAGUCUGUCGCCAGCGGAGGCAAGCGUUGCCCCCUCAAGUACACUCGUGCCAUCCUCGACGCCAUCCACAGCGGCGAGCUCGCCAACGCCGAGUACGAGAACUACCCGAUCUUCAACCUGGCCAUCCCCAAGAGCUGCCCCGGUGUCCCGAGCGCCAUCCUCAACCCCCGCGGUGUCUGGAAGGGAACCGUCGACAACUACACCGAGGAGGCGGCCGGUCUCGCCCGCAAGUUCCAGGAGAACUUUAAGAAGUACCAGGACGGUGUCACCAAGGAGGUCAUCGCCGCCGGUCCUCAGAUCUAA